UCAUUUUUAAUGUCUCCUGUGAAGGACCCUCAUGUAGAGCUCAUCAUUGUCAUGUUCAUCAUACCACUGAUUGUUAAUGCAUUUAUAUUCUGGGUUGUUGACAACUUCCUGAAGAGAGAAAUGAAAGGGACAAAAAGAAUUUAUGUAAGUGACAAUGACCCUUCCGUCAAGUUCUACAAAAUGACGGAACAGGUGCGCUGUUACAAUCGAAUAGAAAAAGCUGAGGACUUUAUAGAAUCAGAUCUGCUUGUGUCGACAGAUGAAGAAGGAGAUGCCAGGCGCAGACUGGACGGGACAGAACGUCUUAUCGCAUAGGGCAGUCACAGAAACGUCAUUCAUCACUGCUUUUUGUAAUGUGAUACAGCAUGCCUUCACGCCAAUCCUGACUGAUUCACCUUCUGUAGUCACGCCCCUAAAGCUAUUUUUUCAAAAAGUUGGCAUUGUUCUCCUAUGAGAGGUGAAAUAAAUGUGAUACCAAAGGUUUACUGAAGCUUACAGACCAGAAUUCAAACUGUUUGCCAGCUAAACAUGGAUCACCCGACACGGAUGUUCAUAAUGGAUACAGCUUUACUGGAAUUACAAAGCCUUCCCCAUGUAAAAUUGUUUUGUUUACUGUAAAUAGCUUUAGAGUGGUCCACUGUAAAGGUUCUAUAGGCUGAAAGGUUUAACAUUAUACAGGUACUAUAUCACAGGUUCCACAAUACAAAGGUUCUAUAUCAAGCAGGUUCUGUGUUAUACAGGUCUUUUGUUAAAGUAGUCUGUUAUACUAACUUUCUAGUUCUGUGUUAAACAAGUUCUAACAGAGAUACAGUUAAUAUUGCACAAGUAGAACUUGACAAGGCCAGUGAUAAAUCUACAUGCGAGUCCCAAGUCCUGUACUCACAGAAUUUCUGGAAUUAGUUAAAUUUAACAU